ACCAAAGAAAUUUCUCAAAUUUUUUUUCUCCAUUUUCUUUUUUACAUUUUUUUAGAAACGAGAAAAUAAAAAAAAACAAUCUAAGAUAGUGUAGUAUAAGUGAUAGAUGUUUGAAUUCCUUAAUCAUUUGAUCCAAGGUUCGAUCUAUAGCCGGUACGUAUGAAAAAAUAUUUGUUGGAGAUGUCAAUCACUUAAAUAAAUCUCAAUUAGCUCGAGGAGAUUAAUCUUUAUGAUUGCGCGUGAUACUUUUGAUUUAAAAAAAAAAAAAAACAAAGAAACAAACAGAGCCGCCCCUACUUUAUUUAUUGACAGGGCUUUAUGACGUAACGAAUUUCCAUUUUAAUUUCUCUCUCUCUCCCCUCACUUUCUCUCUCUAACUUAGUGUAUUUUUCUUUGUUUCUUCCUUCACAAUUCGCGUUUUAGCUUCGUCUUCUUCCAAGUGUCAAUGGAAUAGAGUGAUUCUCAGAUCUGAAUAAUACUAAAUUCCACUUUCUAUAAAGCUUUUUCACAAUCUACGGGUAAAUGAAGCUUAAUGACUACUUAUUUAUAAGGAGCACGAGAAGCUCCAGGGAACCCUUUACAUCCGUGUUAACCAGUCUUAUUAAAGGUUUCUUCCCAAGAGACGUUAUAAGAUAUAUUUGGAUAGUGAAGAUAUUUUGAAGCUUACUUGUGGGAUAUAGUGAAAAUGGACAGAUCAGAUACAUCAGGCUUUGUAAGUGGUGGGUGCUGUAUGCUCGAUGUUUUUUUCUAGCCUGGUAGGUAUGUGGAUCUUGUAGUAGCAUGUGGUAAACUGUUCUGCUACUUCAACCUUCUGUAGCUGUAGUGCACAACAUCUGGAUAAUGGAUUUGAAUGAGAAAGCUGUACUGUUUCCUAAUGAUGCUGAGCUUAGGAUUGGUAAUACUACAUUAAGCCUGAAUGGUAUUGGCUUUGGAGAAACCAAUAAUACUAAUUAUGGAUGUACUGAGAGCAAUCUUAGGAUGAAGUUUUCCAACGCUUCUGAUGAUGGCUGUAGAUUGGUUCUGGGAUUGGGUCCAACCCCGAAGACAUAUGGUGAUGACUACAAUGACAUGGGAUUUAAUAAGAAGAAAAAUUCGGCCAGCCUUUUUUCCCAGAGCAUGCCAUCUGAAUGUGAAUCAAUUCUUCAACUUGGCCUUUCGGGUGCAGCAAAUGAGGCAUCAAGUAUAAUGGAGUACUCAGGUUCAACAGAGACUGAUGUGAAUAUUUCAUGCUUCUCAAGCCAGACAUCAGGAGAAUAUAAUUUUGCAAUGAUACCUGUCGUUGAUGAGGGUUCUACCUCAGCUAAGAAAUCAGGUGGUUAUAUGCCAUCACUUCUUUUAGCUCCAAGAAUGGAUAAUGCUGAAAUUUCGGUGCAGACACAAGAACUGAUUCUUGGGACUAAAUCUCAGGUGUUCCCUGAACCAUCCAGUGCUACAAAUCACUCACUUGGCACCGCAUCUGGCCCCCAGGAAACCGGGAUAACUUCACAGAACCGAACAAGCAAUCCUAAGAGAUGCAGAUUUUUUGGCUGUUCAAAGGGAGCUCGAGGUGCUUCAGGCCUUUGUAUUGGACAUGGGGGUGGACAGAGAUGUCAGAAACCGGGAUGCAACAAGGGUGCUGAGAGCCGUACUGCUUAUUGUAAGGCCCAUGGUGGAGGCAAGAGGUGCCAACACUUAGGGUGUACUAAAAGUGCUGAGGGGAAGACAGAUUAUUGCAUAGCACACGGUGGUGGUAGGCGAUGUGGGUAUCCAGGUGGGUGCGCAAAAGCUGCACGAGGUAAGUCAGGACUUUGUAUUAGACAUGGAGGAGGUAAGAGAUGUACGAUAGAAGGUUGCACCAGAAGUGCUGAAGGACAAGCUGGGCUGUGCAUCUCUCACGGGGGUGGACGCCGUUGUCAGUACCAUGAAUGUUCAAAGGGUGCACAAGGGAGCACCAUGUAUUGCAAGGCACAUGGUGGUGGGAAGCGUUGCUCAUUUGCAGGGUGCACCAAAGGUGCUGAAGGAAGCACCCCACUGUGCAAGGCACACGGUGGUGGGAAGCGUUGCCUUUUCAAUGGUGGUGGUAUUUGUCCAAAAAGCGUACAUGGAGGAACAAACUUUUGCGUUGCUCAUGGUGGUGGAAAAAGGUGCGCUGUUUCCGGUUGCACCAAGAGUGCACGUGGCCGUACCGACUGUUGUGUUAGGCACGGCGGGGGUAAGCGGUGCAAGUUUGAAAGCUGUGGGAAGAGUGCUCAAGGGAGCACAGAUUUCUGCAAGGCUCAUGGCGGAGGAAAGCGAUGUAAUUGGGGAGAUGGGAAGUGUGAAAAAUUCGCAAGGGGUAAAAGCGGCCUCUGUGCUGCUCACUGCAGCUUGUUGCAAGAAAGCCAAAUGAGCAAGGGAAGUCUAAUUGCACCGGGGCUUUUCCGUGGUCUUGUACCUUCUGCUUCCACUGUCUGUAGCAGUUUUGAGAACAACAAUUCUUCAGGCGUCAGCGUUGUAUCUGAUUCCUACGAUUCUAUGGAAACACCUACCAUAAAACAUCAACUUAUACCCAAGGAGGUGUUAGUUCCACUGUCAAUGAAAUCACCAUCUUAUUCAAACUUCUUGUCAGCCAAUAAGCCAGCACAAGACAGAAACCUUAACAGCAUUGCUCCUAGCUGCAGUGGUUCUAAGAAAGGUCUCGACUUUCAAUUGCCAGAGGGCAGGGUCCAUGGUGGCGACCUCAUGUUAUUUUUCGGAGGGAAUCUCAAAAAUGCACUCGAUGGUAUCUGAAACAUGAUAGAGUCUAGUUUGACUCUCUAAGUUGUAGAUUUUCACUUUAGGAAAUAGAGACCAUCCCAUUCCUGGUCAUGGAAUUGUGCAUAAGUGUUUGUGCUGCAUGUUCAGUAAAUCAGUUAUUGUUGUUGGGUGUUGAUAAGUUGAUUAUUAGCCAUUAAGCUCUUAUUGUUUGUAAUUUGUAGUGUUUCUCCAUUCUUCAAUGUUGUAAAGUGGCAAUCACAAACAAUAAUAAGCACAUAAAUCCACUGCCACAAACAGUCUCAUAAUUCUGUGUGUUUGGUGCAAAUUAAAUCCUUGUAUUCUUAAAA